AUGUUUCUUUUCUUUCUUAAUAUUUUUAACUUUAUUUGGCAACUGCUUCGUUUUAACUUUUGUUACUCUUACCUCCCUUGUUUCUAUUGUUGCUUCUUUCCUUUGCUCUUUCUUUUUCAUUUAUUUCCAUUGUUAUUUUCUUUCUAUUUCCUUUUUUUUUCUUUUCUUUUUUUCUGGAAGAAUAUUAUUAAUAAUAUUUUACGUUAUAUUUGUUUUUCUUCCAUUUUUCUUCUAAUUCCUUUACUUUCCCUAUUUGUUGUAAUAUACUUUCAUAUUUUUACUGUCUUUUUUUCUUUCCUUUUUCUUCUGUGUUUCUUUUUAAUUCAUUUUCUGUCUCUCUUUUUUCGUGCCAGAUCAGAAUUUAUUCAUUGGAUUCUACGCCAUAUUUUUAUAGCUCUCUUUUUAAAUUUGUCACUUUUUUCAAUUUAUUCCUGUUCUAAAUCUUCUUUCUUUCUUUCUUUUACAUCUUUUUUUUUUCUUUCUUCUUUCUUUAUUUCUUUCUUCCUUCCGUUUCUUUCUUUUUCUUUUCUUUCUUCUCUAUUUCUUUUCAAUCAGUUAAUUCAUUUAUUCAUUCUUUUUUCCUUUCUUUCUUCUUUCUUCCUUUUUAAUUCUUCUGCAUAUUUUGAUGCCUCUCUUUUUAAUGUUAUCCAUCUUUUUUUUUUAUUUUAUUUUAUUCAUCCGUGCUUAAUUUCUUUCUUUUUUCCUUCUGUUUCUUUCAUUUUCCUUUCUUUCUUCUGUAUUUCUUUACAACUAAUUAAUUUAUUUAUUCGUUCUUUUUUCCUUUCUUUCUUCUUUCUUUCCUUUUUAAUUUCUUUCUUUCUUGCUAUCCUUCUUUUCUCUUUCUUUCUCCACCUGUAUUCCUUUUUAACUUCUUUAUUUCUUUUUCAUUUCUUUUUUUUAAAGUAUUUCCUCGUUCUUUCUCUAUCUCUCUUUCUCUCUCUAUUUAUCUUUCUCUCUCUUUCUCUCUCUCUCUCUCUUUCUCUUUCUUUCUCUUUCUACUUUUUUCAUUCAAAAAGGAGAGGAAUUCGUCAAAACAGACAGAAGUCUAAUAUCAUUAUCUAUCUUGACAUUUUAAUUCCACUAUUUCUCUACGCAUUGCUUCUACUUCGUACCUUCUUUUCUCACCUUCUCUACGUUCCUUUUCUUUCUCACCACUUCUGUUCUCUCACUAUCCAUCCUCUAAUUCUCCCUUCCAUUCUUCUCUUCUUUAGUUCAUUACCCUCUCCUUCUUCCUCCCCACCUUCACUUCACUCCUCCUCUAGCCUCUCCUUCAUCCGGCGACUUUCUCGUCUUUCUUUCUCUACCCUCUCCGUCUUCCUCUUCAAUCUACUCUUCUCUCCUCCAGAAUCCUCUCUCUCUCUUUUUCCCCCCAAUUUUCCCUUCUCUCGAUCACUAACCGCUUCUUCUCUUCCGCACCAUAUUCUCAUCCUUCUCUCCUCCUUCUUCCCAAACUACUCGUUUCUAUUUCUCAACCCUCUCAUUAUUCCUACUUCACCUUCUCCUCACUCGCUCACUACGCUCUCCUUCUUUUCCACCACCUUCUCUUCUCUCGCUCCUCCCCUUCUCUACUCUCUACUGAUUCCUACCCACUUUCCCUUUCCUGCUUCUCUAAAUUCUUCUUCCCACUUUCUCUUCUCUUGUACUCUACCUUCUGAUUCUUCCUUCUCACUUUCACUUCUCUCGUUCUUUACCCUCUCCUUCUUCCUUCCCCCCCUUCACAUACCUUGUUCUUUACCCUCACUUUCUUAUUCCCCACCUUACGUUCUCUCGUUCUUUUCCUCCUCCUUCUUCUUCCUCAUUUUCACUUUUCUCUCUCUUUACCCUCUCCUUCUUCCACCCACUUUCACGUCUCUCGUUCAUAUUCUUCUUCCACCACCUUCCCUUAACUCACUGAGGUCUUCUAUCAUUAUCUAUCUUGACACUUUAACCCAUCUCUACGUUGAAACUCUCCAUUUUUUUCCCGACCUUCACUUCUCUUGUUCUUUAACAUCUUCUUCUGUGCGAUAUUCUCUUCCCUCGUUCUCUACUGUCACCUUCUUCCUCCCCACCUUGGAUUUUCUCGUUCUCUACCCUAUCCUUCUUCCUCCCUACACUAUCUUCUCUCCUCCUCUACCCUCUUUUUUCCUCCCAAUAUUCUCUUCUCUUGGUCUUUUUACAUCUCCUUCUUCCACGUCACCAUCUUUUCACUUGUUCUCUAUCCUUUCUUCCUUCGCCCCCACCUUAUUUUAUCUCGCUAUCUACACUCUCCUUCUUCCUCCCCAACAUUCUAUUAGGUUGGUGCAAACAUAA